AUGGCCCAGAUCUAUGGGAAGAAGUUGUGGCUAAUUGGAGGGGCUGAUGGAGCUCUUCCAGAUCGAGAUGAGCCUUGCAACUUCCGAAAGAGAGCGAGUGAAGCAGGGAGCAGAACAAGUAGGAAUGAGAAAGAAAGACAAACAGAGGUGCCAAGAAAGACCAAGGGAGAUGCUAAAUUCGGUGCCAAAGGUGCUUCAUUUCGAUGUAUCACCGGCCCAUCAGACAUUUUGUAUUUGCCUGAUGGAUGGUCUCAUGCUACAUGUGGUCUCAGCAACUUCAAUGUGGGGAUUGGCUUCAUAGGCUCCGUGGCUUUCCUUCCUGCAAUGCACCGAGCUGCGGUGCGUGGGAACUUGGAGAUGGCCAAGAGAGCCCUGAAAGACGAUAAAAGUGGAGGACUUGCAAUGACUCUGCAACCUGCGGGUGGCGGCAUGUUGAACGAAGCUGGUUUGAUACCUUUCCACUGGGCAGCCUGGAAUGGUCAUUUGGCGCUUUCAAAACUGCUGUUGCAAGAAGAACUCCGCAUGCGUUUGGCCAUUGCCGCUGCGACCAGACCAAGCUGGAGCGGCGAAGAUGAAUUCAACCAACACUGGGAGCAUUCACAGGAACAUCAGGACGUGCAUAAUUCCAUAGCACACGCAUUGAGAUGGGCAGCUGCUCGUGGGCAUCGCUCUGUGACGGCAUUCUUGGCAAAUCAAGUUGGUCCGGAGGCAAGGGACGAACAAGGUGCAACUCCUUUGCACUGGGCAGCUACAACUGGGCAUGUUGAAGUAUUGAAGCAUUUGCUUCGGAUGAAGGCUGACCCGAAUGUUGCGGAUCACUUCGGAGCACGACCUUUGCAUUUCCUGGCGGGUGAAGGUCAUUUGGCAGCGGUGACUUUGCUGCCGCUUGGUGCAACACUUCUUCGUGCAACACUAGUAACAAGAAGCUAUUAG